CCACCGGCACCCUGGAGGAGGCUGAGAUAUCCCCCUGCCAAAUGCCGCUGAAUGUGCUCACUCCCAAGGCCCUAAGUGUGUGUUUGUGUGGAAUGUCGUCAGUGGAAGUGUAUAAGGUGCAAAUAAAUUGGGGGGCAGGUUGUCACAGGAAUGCGGAAAUGGGUCCAUACCCGCACUCCCUGAUAUGCCCACCCCCCAAGGUCCUAUGUGUAUGUUUGUGUGAUGAUGUGAGGGAGCAGGAGGAGAGAAAUAUGCGGGGAUGGGGAGGAAUGGCUGGUUGGGCUUAGCCCUCCAGGGAGCCAAAAAUAAACUUUUGACAAUAUUACAUUCAAAUGUGAAAAACUACAAGUUUCUGUUAGAAACAUAAAACAGAAGUGACUCAAAUAUGCACGUUACUUCCACAUUUUAUCAGCAAAAAAAAGUUGAUUUGGGGGUGACUUGCUCUUUAAGGGCAAUUCUCAUCUGUUUUGUUUAAUCUCAUCUGUAGACAUUUAUUAUAAUUGAGGAUGUCAAACAACUAAUUUUUAAAUGUAAUUAAACAUAGGCUGUGAAUUAAUCAAAAUUAAUCACCAUUUCCACAAAUGACUGAAAAAAUACCAAAUAAACCAAAAGUAAAUGAAUGCCAUCCUCCUUGUGAUGAUGCCCUGGGCAACUGCCAUAAGUCACAUCAAAAAAUGCUGCUGAUCAUUCCAAUGAUCCCAAAUAGACUCACAUUAGACCACAUGAAAGCAACUGAACCCAAAAAUAUAUUAACCAGUAGGGCUGCUCAAUUAAUCGAAUUUUAAUCACGAUUACAAUCUGAGUUUUGAACGAUUAUAAAAAAACAAAACAAGCCGAUUAUUUGCUCCUCCCGCUUGCGCUGCCCUGAGUUGCAAAUGAAGCGUUCCUCCACAGUGUUGCCAACUUAGCGACUUUGACGCUAUUUCUAGCAGCUUUUCAGACCCCCUUCUUGACUUUUCAAACUUAAAAGUACCUAGCAAACACCUCAGAAACAUCUCUGGGAACCCUUAGCUAUUUUCUGGAUAACUGUCGUCAACAUUUCCUGCAGGUUAGCUUAACAGCUCUCGGAGCUGGCUCCCUGUUGGAUUAACCAGAGUGAGUGACACACACACCGCACCUGCGGACUCCUGAGCCACUAAAAAUGACUAAAUGUGCGUGUGCGGCGCGCUAAACACACGUGCAGCUUGCCCCGAUUGCUGUGAGACCGGGUUGGGGGUGUAGCUGUGGUUGGGACAAUUAUUACAUUAACUGAUGGACCUGUAAAUAAAUAGUUUAUAAAUAAGGUAGAAAUAAGUUCCUCACGCUGAUAACUAAUAACUAAUCUCUCCGAGGACACGGUGCUUGUGCACUCUCCUACAGCACCUUGACACGACUCAAUGUUAUGCAACAUUUUGUGAACAUCAAUUUCUUUGCAUUUAUUUGUUAUAAAUGUCACUGUAUAAUUCUUGCUGUCAGUAUUUGCAAGGUAUUGGUAUUUGGGUCUGUACUGGUUAGACUUACAUGAGUUAAACCAAGGUCUAUAGCCCUUGGGUCAUAGACUGUGAGCUAUAAGUAUAUUGGUCUUUUUAUACUGGGAAUCAGGAGUUAUUUUAGUGAUCAUCUAGUUUAUUAUUUUUGUCCUGAUUGUGCCCUGAGCAAUUUUAUGACUUAAUAAAAACAAAUAAAAUCAACAUAAAUUGAAAAAUCGUCCUAAAUAAUCGUGAUCUCAAUUUCAGUCACCAUAAUCGUGAUUAUUAUUUUUGCCAUAAUCGAGCAGCCCUAUUAACCAGUAAAUAACUGCACUCUCACACAACACGCCUGUGUCACUCACUCAACCUCCUCUAGGGAGGCACCGCAGAGCCGCUCAGACUCCAUUACCCAACAUCCCCAGCGCCAAGCUUCCGGUUCACGUCACCCGCCAAAUCUAUUUAAGGAAGUGCCGCACAACACCGACUCACGUCGGCAUCAACCAUCAAGCAUUAACCAACCAGGUGCGAGGUCCGCACGGCUCCGCGCGGAAAAGUUGCGUCAUUUUAACAACCACGCCCCUCCACCGCGCCUCCGCACGGCCCAGAAUUUCCGCAACGCACACCUCGGAAAAUUUCUAACCACGCGGAAAAACAUGGCGGACCAGCAAGAACUACUAUGGCAGAGGUUCGUAAAUAGACAUUUGUAUGAUUCAGCUCUCAGAGGUCACCGUGAUCAACAUGUUGUUAAUAGUUCUUGGAGAGAAAUAGCUCGCACUGUCGGAAAAGACGAGAACGCUGUUAAAAAUGCUGAAAUGCCAUGUUGUAAACAAGGCCGCCCCCUCACGUCCAGACAGUCCAGGAGAAGAAGCCGGUAUAAGAGCAUUCCCAGGUCUGGUCACAGCCCAUGCCUUUUUUCAAGGAAUCAGGCUCGUGAUGGGACACGGACCAUACGCCAAACUGGUCGUAGUCUUCCUCUUUACCUCACUGGGUUUCAUGCUCCACACUGGGAUUCAGAAAUGACUUCCAGAAUAUUCUACUGGUCAUCAUGUAACAGAAACGACGUCUUGACGUGGGCCGCUGCUGUAAAAAGUGAGGCGCGAACCAGAAAAGCUUCUGCCGAACACAAUUCAACAACGGAUUAUGAGAGAACGGAUAACGCUCGAAACACGCAGAUUCUUCCUGAUGUGAGAGUCUCUGCAGAGGUUUCUCCCCCACUGCCUGAUACUGUGCAAGAUGAUGCUGUGGCGUGGAGUUUGCUGCCCCCUGUCACCCCACGUCUCUGCAACUCCGAAGCUCUCUCCAACCUGUCGUCCAGUUUGGGUCACCUCACCUCUUCGCAACAGGAGGAGCUUUCUCAUCUAAUUCACUCUUUUCCGGAACUAUUUUCAGACGUGUCCAGUCAGACCCACCUAAUAACUCAUGACAUCAGCCUUACUGAUUCCGUCCCCGUUCAUAUGCACCCUUACAGGGCUAGUCCGAUGAAGAGGGAACUAAUGAGAAAGGAAGUAACUUCGCUAUUAGAACAUGGCCUAGACAAGCCCAGCACCAGUUCCUUGAGCUCACCAUGUUUACUGGAAAAUAAACCUGAUGGCUCAUAUAGGUUUGUUACUGACUACCGCAAGUUAAAUGCAAAAACCGUCCCAGAUUCGUUUCCUUUGCCUCGUGUAGAGGAUUGUGUGGAUAGUGUGGGUUCAGCUACAUUUGUUACUAAACUAGAUCUUCUAAAAGCCUAUUGGCAGGUGCCGCUAACUCCGUUUGCAUCUAAAGUGUCUGCUUUCGUCACUCCAGAUAACCUGCUCCAGUACAUCGUGUUGCCGUUCGGUUUGAGGAACGCCCCCGCUACUUUUCAGCGUUUUCAGCAAGAACUACUUCUUCUGCCGCCAACCAUGCAGGAAGAAUCACGCCCCUCCCAGAGACACCCUCUGUCGUGGCUGGAUGAUGAUGCAGAGAUGGUGGCUGCUUGUAAAUCUGUGGAAGACUCCCUCAUCUCAAAGCAACCAACAAUAGGAGCUGCAGCGACCAGGACGUCGCCAAAGGCUCCUGCUCUACAGCGGCUGUUGGUUCUCCUGCUCCUGCUGAUCCCUCUGCUUCUGAAUCCCCUGCUGGUCCGAUAGCUGCUUCUUCUGGCUCCACUACUCCUCCUGGUCCCUCUGCUGGCUUUUCUGCUGAUGUCCUGGACAAGGUUUUAAGGAACAGGACGGACCUUGCGAUGCCAGUCUCUCGGCCUGCUGCUACUCAGCCACAGCUUCAGCCCCAGGUGAAGCCUCAAUUUCAACCUCAGUCUCUGCUACAGCCUAGAAAACAGACUCCUGUGAGUUGUGAAACAGUUGUAGCCUCUUCCACCUCUACGCUAUCUGAAACCCCUUGGCACACAGUCAGGCCCAUUGUGCCUAAGCGGUCUCUGUUCAGUCCAGCUCCAGCCCUGCGUCGCUCCAGCCUUCUGCCAGUCUGGUGUUUCCUGAGGCCACUGCUACCUCGUCUCCAUCCCCAUCAUGGUCCAGGGACACGCUUUACAAGUGUAAACAGGAGCUUUCCUUCUUUGGGGAGGGAAAUAAAUCCAGGGUGCAAAACAACCCUGUGUGCAUGAUCUGUGGACAGGUGACUCAGGGACACAAAAAAUACAAAAGGAAGAGCUUCUGUACUGUAAAAAUGAUGUCCACAUCAAAGGGUCUCACAGGCAUUUUAUUUAAAAGUUUUGAGGAGUUUAUGUUGGUUCAAUGUCCGUUUUACCGCGGGUGUCAAUACCAACACUCUGGCACAGCGCGUUACCUCCCGAUGAGCAGGGGCUUGUCACCUGCUGUCUUUAGGAAGCGACUACUCGAUGACAAACAUGAAAAGUUACUACAGAGCAGUGAAAUCGACUAGUUCAUACAACCCCAAGUUUGUAGUGUUCGUAUGUCCAAUAUUUUCAUCAAUCAGCAACUGAAGCGCUGCUACCUGCUGUUCUUUCAGUGGACUGUCAAAUUCUGGAAUCACAAUCACAACGUCCGCAACUACUCCAUAUUCAGCUGCCACAUCCCAGUCAAUGUCCGACUCUUGAAUAUCCUGAUAAUUGGACCAAACAAAUUUAAACACCACAAUUAUUAUCAUUCCCUUAUUGCAUCACAGUUAUUAGCCAAUAUUGACUUGUUUAAACCUUAUGUGGAUUACCAAACUUUUCAAGCUAUUUUACCAGCUGAUCCAUUUAAGCAAAUGAACUUUAACAUUAAUUCCAAAUACUUUAAUUUGUUUCACAUUUGAUGCUGUUCACUUAGGACUCAUUCCUUUUUAUUUUGAAUGAAUUAAAAAGAAAUGCACCUCAA